ACGUAGGACCAAUUAAAAACUCCAUUAUUCUGUUCACUUUGUAGGGCAUUAAAGCUCUUGUGUCUCCAAACACUGGUAUCGUUGACUAUGGAGAGAUGGCGCGGAUGUUUGGUAAACAUUUCAAGACAUUAGGUGGUGAAAUUCAUACAGAAUUUGAUGUGAAUGCCUUCAGACAAGUGAACGAAUCUGAAUCUUCAACAAAUAAAGGUUUGAACUGCCCCAUUUUGGUUGAAGGAAAACAUGGUAAAACGGUUAGGUGUCGAUACGUGAUAACUUGUGGCGGAUUAUUUUCCGAUCGAUUGGCUCAACUUUCAGGAUGCGAACCUAACCCCAGGAUAGUCCCAUUCCGUGGUGACUACCUUCUUCUAAAACCUGAGAAGAGGCAUCUUGUGAGGGGCAAUAUCUACCCAGUAAGUAAUAACCUUUAACCUUUUAAUUUAAUU